AUGGCCAAGGAAGCAAUUGUGCAGGAUCACGGGGAUAGGCUUGUCCAGCCUGCGAACCCUGGACAGGACGUCCGGAGUGUGCUUGACGAUCCAGGCAGUGCCACCACCUUUCUGGCCAAAGGUAUGCUCCUCGUUUACUCGUUUACGAAAGUCGGCUCCAUUCGCCUUGAACUUUCUCCAAUCGGUCCGUUUCUCGCGGCAAGGAUGGCACUAGCGCUGGUCAUGCUGGAUAUAGGUCUCUUGCUUGUGGUGAUCCCCGUCGCGACUGGGUUGAUCUCUCAGCCCCGUAUCCUGGCUGCCACUAAGCAAUGGUUGCAGUGA